CCCUACCAAUCAAGACCAUCCAAUCCAAACCCUACCCACCCUUCCCCCACCCCACUCACCCGAUCCCCUCUCGCUCUCCCCAUCUGCAGCGCUGCCGACAGAGCCACCGCCUCCCGCCUCGCCGGACCCGGCGCCGCCGCACCUCCGACACCUCUCCCACCUCUCCCACCUCUCCCGGAUCGGGCGCCGCCGCACCAUCUGCUCCCAGAUCCAGAGAUCUCAAGUUCCAUCACCUGUUAGCAGUACAGGCAGAAUGGAUGGAACAGUGCAGACUCCAAGCGGCACCGUGCCACGUGUUGCUGCCCACCCUAGCGUGAACGGCAACGGCGCUGCCAGGCACUUGCAUGAUGAAUGGCUGGAAGAGUAUGAAGCUGGCGUUUUCAUGAAGCUGAAGGACCUCGGUGAUGGCACUCGUGAGCUGAUGAGGGUUCGGUUCAGCAAAACGCGCUUUGGGGAGCAUCAGGCUGAGAAUUGGUGGAAAGAGAAUCGCGAGAAGGUUUAUGAGCGAUACAACGUGAGGACCUCCCAACGAGCGUCGUCAGCAGCCUCGACCCACUCGGCCUAAUAACCUACCUUCCUGUUUCUUCACGCACAAACUGCAAGGCCAGCCAUCAAUGAGCAGCAGCAUAUCGUGAACGAAACUAAGGGUUAUGUCAUAUGUGUACUGGGGUGUAGACCCGCCAUAUGUGAUCUUUAUCGUCUCUUGAUACUGUGAUAUUGAGACUGGUAAGUAAGGUUCGGUUGGUGCUUAAUCAGCAUAGGCCGUAGCAUGGGCCCUAUCCUAGUGUAAUGUGCAUAAUGUAGUAGAACUGAACCCAUUAGUUGUGAGGUUAAUGUAGUCUAUUUAACUAGUUAUUGGUCUUGUCAAAACCCAGCCCAUUAAUAAUCUUGUUAUGUGAAGCAAAAAGUGCAUCUAUUGUCUUAA